UUCUGUUGCUGCCCAAAAAAACGAAACAAAAACAAAGCGACACGAACUGGACCUGGACCUGGUCUUCUGCUGAUCCGAGUCGGAGUUUGGACGGCCUCAGCUCACACAGAACCGGAAGUGGAAACGUUUUCAGAAGAGCUAACAGGAGGCUAGCAGGUGGGCAGCUGUGAUGGAGUCCAGAUCCGGUCCUCCAGAGCCUGGACUGAAGUCAGUCAGGAGAUCUCCUCGUCUGUCUCAGAGCGGCAGCAGCAGUGAAGGAAUAAAGGAAAGGAGAGGAGGAGGCAGCCUGCAGGAGGUGAAGAGGAGAGCGAGGAUGGCGAGGAGCAGAGAGGAGCAGGAGGAGGAGCUGAGCAGUCGGCUGCAGACGCUGGGUCUGUCCAGCAGGUCUACAUCCAGGGGAACCGGACUGGUUUUCUCUGAGAUCUUCACGCUCCACCAGAACCUGUGGGAACCGAGUCAUCCAGAGAGUCCAGACCGUGUGACGUCCGUCAUGAUGGAGCUACAGAGACAAGAGCUGCUGCCACAUUGCGUCAGGGUCGAGCCCAGAGAGGCUGUAGAAGAAGAGCUUCUGCUCGCUCACACGAAGGAUUACCUUGACAAGAUGAAGUCCACUCAGAAGAUGACGCAGACUGAACUCCAGACUCUAUCCAACAAAUACGACUCCGUCUACCUCCAUCCUGACUCCUUCCAGGUUGGCGUGUCUGCGGUCGGUUCCGUCCUCCAGCUGGUCGAUCAGGUCAUGACGUCAGAACUCAGGAACGGGUUUGCUGUCAUCAGGCCUCCAGGUCAUCACGCUCUGGCGAACGAGUCCAACGGUUUCUGUCUCUUCAACAACGUGGCCAUCGCCGCCCGGUACGCUCAGACCAGACACGCUGUCAGCAGGGUGCUGAUCGUGGACUGGGACGUUCAUCAUGGUCAGGCUAUCCAGUACCUGUUCCAGGAGGAUCCCAGUGUCCUGUAUUUCAGCGUGCACAGGCACGAGCACGGAUCCUUCUGGCCUCACCUGCCGGAGUCCGACACCGGGUCCAUCGGCAUCGGACGAGCCAAAGGAAGGAACAUGAACCUGCCCUGGAACAAGACGGGGAUGACUGACGCUGAUUACAUCACUGCGUUCCAACACCUUCUUCUUCCGGUAGCGUACGAGUUCCAGCCUCAGCUGGUUCUGGUUGCUGCUGGAUUUGACGCUGCAGACGGAGAUCCCAAGGGGGAGAUGUGUGUACGUCCUCAGUGUUUCCACAUUCUGACCCACAUGUUGAUGAGCUUGGCUGGAGGUCGACUCGUUCUGGCUCUGGAGGGAGGUUAUAACCUGCAGGCGACAGCAGAGGGCGUAGCAGCCUGCAUCAGAGCUCUGCUGGGUGGAGCCUGUCCUCUGACCCCACCCACCUCUCCAUCUGACAGUGCCCUUCAGUCCAUCUCUCAGACGGUCUCGGCUCUGUUGCCACACUGGACCUCCCUGCAAGUCCUGGAGGGCAGCCCAUUGGUCAAGGGUGAUGUCAUCAGAGUAGUCACCAAUGAGAAGAGUGCAGUGAAGACUGAACCCACCCCCUCCACUUCCACAGCCACAGGUCUGGUUUAUGAUGAGAGGAUGAUGGAGCACACAAGUCUGUGGGACAGACAUCACCCUGAACAUCCACAGAGAAUCUUCAAGAUCUUCUCCAAGCAUCAGGAGCUGGGAUUGCUUGAUCGUUGCCAACGGAUACCAGCCCGCCUGGCGACAGAGGAGGAGCUGUCCAUGUGUCACAGCAAGCAGCACAUCGAGCAGAUGAAGGCGACAGCAGCCAUGAAGCCCAGAGACCUGCACAGACUGGGAGAAGAGUUCAACUCCAUCUUCAUCAACAACCAGAGCUUCCAGUCUGCCCAGCUGGCCGCUGGAGGCUGCUUCAACGCCGUGGACAGGAUCCUGAGUGGACAGGUGAACAGUGGCGUGGCCAUCGUCCGUCCUCCGGGACAUCAUGCAGAGAGAGACUCUCCCUGCGGUUUCUGUUUCUUCAACACGGCGGCGCUCGCUGCACGCCAUGCCCAGAAAGUCUGCGAUGAUCCUCAGCUCCGAGUCCUGAUCCUGGACUGGGACGUUCACCACGGCAACGGGACCCAACACAUUUUUGAAGAUGACAACAGCGUCCUGUACGUCUCUAUCCAUCGCUAUGACAACGGUAUAUUCUUCCCAUCCUCAGAGGAUGCAGCCCCCAGCAGGGUUGGCUUCGCCAAGGGGGCGGGGUAUAAUGUGAAUGUGGCAUGGAGCGGAGGCCGGAUGGGCGACUCUGACUACCUGGCAGCAUUUCACCAUGUUGUCAUGCCGAUCGCUACCGAGUUUAACCCCCGUCUGGUUCUGGUGUCGGCUGGCUUCGAUGCAGCUCGGGGGGAUCCGUUGGGUGGAUAUCAUGUGACUCCGGAGGGAUACGCCCACCUCACACACAUGCUGAUGACACUGGCUGGUGGGCGGGUUCUCCUCAUCCUGGAGGGAGGUUACAACCUGACUUCCAUCUCUGACUCCAUGGCAAUGUGCACCAGCAUGUUGCUGGGAGACCCUCCUCCAUCCUUGGUGGCCCCCCUCCCUCCUCCACAUCACAGCGCCGUGGCAACGAUCAAUGAGGUCAUUCGACACCAUGCCCCCUACUGGAGGUCCCUGAGGAUUCACAUUCUGGAGUCGGUGCGAGCUGCCCUGCCCACACCAAAGCAUCGUGGGAAACGUGGUUCUAAAGGAGAAGGCCAGAAGACAUCUGACCAGUCGCCGGCGUGCCCUGAAGGUCCACAUGUCUCCACGACGGCAAGCAGUCUGGAGCAGCUCACUCAGGGAUUGGCUGGUCUGGACGUCAGUGAAACCUCAGCCAAUCACCCGCCACUAUCUGCAGCAGUGGGUGGGGCCAGACCAAAGGUCUACCAUGGUUCAGAGAAGGUUGUAGGUGAAGUGAAGGUGGAGUCAGGUGAUGACCAAUCAGAAGAGAGCAAGAUGCUUCAGAUUGUUGCUGUAGCAACGCCACAGUUGGCAGGUGUAGAGGCGGAGCCAGACACAGAGGGCCCGUGUGGUUGGUCGAAGACACAGAACACUCUGUAUGUGGUGGACCCUCUGUCUUGGUGUCCUCACCUGGACAUCGUUAAGCCCCUCCCCCCCUCAGGUAUCGAUAUCUUCCAGCCAUGUCAGGACUGUGGUUCACAAGCUGAGAACUGGAUCUGUCUCACCUGCUACCAGGUGUUCUGUGGACGCUACAUCAACGAACACAUGGUGACUCACGGCGUGGUGUCAGAACAUCCUGUUGUUCUCAGCUUCUCAGAUCUCUCUGUGUGGUGCUACCUGUGUGAGUCCUACAUCCACAACCAGGUUUUGUUCGAAGCUAAAAACGCUGCUCACUGCUCCAAGUUCGGUGAGGAGAUCCCUCCGUGGAGCUGAUCGAACCGUCCGUUGCCAUGGAUACCAGCAGUUUUUUCUUUGACGUCAUGCAACAAAAAAAGUUUCUUUUAUCUUGUUUUUUAACUUCAGAUCUUCAUCAUCAUCAGCAGGUUUUUGGUUCAGUUCCUUGAAAACGUGACCAGUCACGGGCAAGAAACAACAAACACUGUGACUUCACAGAGUAAACUAAGAACACAUUGAUUAAAUGUGGACAAAUCACGAGAAUAAACUGAUUAGGAAGUAAACAGGAACUUAACGGGAAGCGGUGGGGAAGUAACGAGAAGUUGUGGGGAAGUUAACGGGAAGUUAACGGGAAGUGGUGGGGAAGUUAACGGGAAGUUGUGGGGAAGUUAACGGGAAGUGGUGGGGAAGUUAACGGGAAGUUGUGGGGAAGUUAACGGAAAGCGGUGGGGAAGU